AUGUGGAUUCUUGACCAUAAUUUUAGAUUUAUACGCAACAGAUUCAGGGAAGACUCUAAGUCUACGCUUGUUGCUGAUAUAUCUGCAAUAGAACUUCGGAUAGGCGACAGGCGUGUGACUUUGCAACUCUGGGAUACAGCUGGUCAGGAAAAAUUUCAGAGUCUUGCUCCAGUCUUUUAUAGACGAGCAGAUUGCUGCGUAUUGGUCUUUGAUGUCACUAAUCCCAGUUCUUUUUCCUCUCUUUACGACUGGCACAAACAGUUCCUUGAAAUGGCCAGGCCAUCAGACCGGGAGAAAUUUCCAUUUGUUCUACUUGGAAACAAGGCUGAUACAGAUGGACAGACCAGAAGACGGGUUCCUGAGGUCAGAGCAAAGCAGUGGUGCAGUAUGCGUGGCAACAUACGUUACUUUGAGACUUCAGCAAGAGACAACCAGAAUGUUGAUGCUGCCUUUUUCCAUGUUGCUAAACUUGCACUAGCCAAUAACGAUGAGCAGGAUAUAUACUUCCAGCGUAUUGCAGAAUUCGUUUCAGAACCAGAGCAAGGCAGUGGAUGUGCCUGCUGACUCGAGCUGCUAUCCCAGCUGCAUGUCAGCUUCUGUCCCUGAUCAUGAUAUUUCAGCAUUCUUUCUAUAUUACCACUAGUACAUAAAGAGCACGGGAGAUCAGUAUACAGCUUCUCUAUUGCUGUAGAUAGUUGGUGCAAUUGAUUUGGAUGGAAAAAUAUACUUUCCAUCUCCAUUGCUGUAUGCAGCUGUUAGUUUCCUUCUCUGUUGCUGUUUUAAGAUACUGACUACAUUUGCGUCUUGAAAGAAAAUUUAUAGCGAGCGAUCUGUAAAAAGCUGCAUGUAGAUCGUUAGCAAUU